AUGAGUAAAAAGAGAGAGAGGUAUGAACGCGACGAGGAGAUUGAGAACGUCGAGGAAGUCGCUUUUCGCAAGCAAAAAGAGCAGCAGCAGCAGCAGCAGCAGCAAAGCAAGUUAAGCAGCAGCGCAGCAGCAGCAGCAGAUCUGUAA